CAUCUAUAAAAAAAAGAUUAUAGAGGAAUAGCAGCUAAAUAUAAAAGUUUAUCCUGUCAAAUGACCAAAGCAAAAUAAAUCUCUAAUGGAGUAGCAAUUUAUGUAUAAAAAUAACACAUUCCAACAAUUGAAGAUGAUGAUGAUGAUGAAAAAAUAAGGUUGGCAUUAAAAUGAAAUUGUCGAGGUGAGAUCGAGUCUGGACAAAAAGAUUAAAAGGUUUUUGGAUAUACAUCAUCAAAUUUAGAAGAUAUUACGAUACCACGAUAAGGAUAAGCGACGAUAAGUCAUAGACAAAAGAAAUCAACAAAGAAUAUAAUGACGAUGGCUGAUAAUUUAAUGUCAUCGUUGUCACCAACAGCACAUCAAGACAUAUAUGAUCAUCAUGACGCAUUAGCUAGCCGAAGUGAUCCCAAAAAACGGAAAAGGAAAAGACUGUCUGCAGUUUUAGACAAGCUGCAUAACAACACUAACAUGAUGCAUCAUAAUAUUGGCAGUAAUACUAAUUUUAAUAAUAAUAACACAACUAGCAUUAAUAACAACAAUAAUCAUGAGAGUGUCAUCAAUAACAAUGUCCUAAUGGCAUCAACAAAAGCAGACAUUGGAAAUAAGAUGACAUAUAGUACAAACCUGGCACGAUCUGUUCAGGAAAAUGCCGAAAUUUUGCGCAAUUUGUUUGCAUUAAGUCAGGGUCUUCCUCACAUUCAUCCCGCAUUUCCAUUUAUUCCAAAUACACCCUCAUCGCCGACGACGACUGCAUUAUAUGAAUGCAAUAAUAAUAAUGAGAACUUUACAUCGACAACUACGACAAAAAUGGCAGAUAAGAUGCUAUUAAAUGGCAAAGUAAAAGUUGAAGUGAAGGAAGAGACGAUAGAUGGUGAAGACACAAUUGAGAAUGUACGCGACACAUGUAAAACACCGUUACAGCAAUUUCUUCAUCUGCCAAAGACAAUUCACAACAAUAACAAUACGGUUUAUGGACAUAAUCAUCAGAAGCAGCCAUUAUAUCAAUAUCAAAAUGGAUAUUUCUUUAAUCAUCCACAAGAUCCACAAGAAUAUCCAUUAGAUUUAUCAAUGAAGAAUGUUAAGCGACGAAAGAGCAGCUCAGCGAGUAGUUCGGCAAGCUCACCUAGUUUAACGAAACAAUUGUUAAUUCAACAAACGGAACAGAAGAUUAAUGCUGUUUUACAGCCAUUGGGCAUUCAAGUUCCGAAAGAUUGUAGUAUAAGCUUACAGACAACGCCUGGCAGUGAAUCAAUGUCACCACAUCAACUACCUCAGUAUUAUCAUGACCUCAAAGUAUCGCCGAUUGUCGAAGAGGUCGCACCUGGAACUAAUUCCUGUUUUGUUUGUCCAAUUUGUGGUCAAAUGUUUUCAUUGAACGAUCGUCUUGCGAAGCACAUAGCAUCGCGUCAUAAAACUCGAAGUCCUGCAUCAGAAGGUAGUCCCGCUAAAUGUUACGUCUGUGAAGUUUGUAAUCGAUCAUUUGCUAGGUCUGAUAUGCUUACACGACACAUGCGAUUACAUACAGGAAUUAAGCCAUACAAUUGUAACACUUGUGGCCAGGUAUUCAGUCGAAGUGAUCAUCUAUCUACGCAUCAGCGUACUCAUACAGGUGAAAAACCAUACCGAUGCCCUCAAUGUAAUUAUGCUGCAUGUCGUCGUGAUAUGAUAACAAGACACAUGCGAACACAUGCAAGAUAUGAGCAAAAUAAUGGUCAACAGCCGCAACGACGAGCAAUGAAAGUUAAAACCGACAAGGUGAAAACGGAAGUGAAAACUGAAGAUGCUACAAAAAUUAUCGGUAAUAAUCUUAAUAAUAACGACAUUUCCAUGUUCAAUCAGAAUAGUUUGGAAAAUAUUAAUGAGCUAAGGAUUAAACUUCAAGAGAAUUUUUUAGCCAAUAGUGGACUUAUGCCAAGUGACAUCCCUAAUCUUAAGCGUGAAAUUAAAAUUGAAUUUUAAAACAAAAAAUUUAAAAAUUAUUUAUACAACCUCAAAAAAAACAUGCCGAAUUGGUAAAAUUGAUACUUACUAUUUUUCUUACGCGUUUCCUUAUUGUUUAUUCUAUACUUAAUUAUUAUAUAUAUUAAAUUUGGUUGAUAUUAGAAACGACUUUUCUCGGUGCGUGAUGUUUUUCUUAUAAUAAGUUUUUGUAAAUUGAUACGUAUCUAAUCUACUGUUGUGUUUUUCUUUUUAUGUCUUGUUUAUCUUAUUUCUUUCUUAUUUAUGUUUCUUAGAUUUUAAGAUGAACAUGUUGAUUUGAAUCGUUUCUUUCAUGACAAUUUUCCUGUUAAUUCUUAUUCGCGGAAGCUUUUAAAUUGAAUGAGGUUUUGAUGGCUUUAUAUUGUGUGAGGAAGUUAAAAUUUAUUUGAAUAAAUUGUUAAAACCCGUUAUAAAUUUUGAAAUUUGAAUUAUAUUUACUUUUGAAUGUUUUGAAAGCAUUACAAAUUAUUAAAGAAUCUCACUAGUUCAAAACCAUAUAAGUAGCCUCAAAUUAUACAAAUGUUUGGAAAUUCAAACCGGUUGAAAACUAUACAAAUGUUUUUAAAAAAUAAUUAAAUUCAAAA